AUGGCUGGAAUCAUACACGAUCGCUUUUGUGGGAAGCGUCCCAUGAAGUCGUACGCCGCUCAUAUGUUGACCAAGAGCCAUCUCAACAAAGCUGCCUGUUUUGACGCUCUCAACGCCAAUCAAAACGAAAUACUCCCUGGUCUAGCGAAUCAAAACCCGCUCCCAAACAAUGACCCACCUCCACUUGCAGACGCCUUCAUGGACACGGAAGAUCCAGCCCCUCGCUCAGAUACCCCCGAACGACCCCCCUCUCCCCUGUCAAUUGUGCGAGCCAUUGAAUUUCUGGGUGCGGAGAAAGAACAAGCGAGCAAUCCAGAAGAUUCCGAGCUUGAGAUCAAUGACAACACGCUUGCCGAAGCUGUCAGGGCGAUGGGGCUCAAUGUGUGGGAUGAGGAAGCCAACGAGGCGAUGGAUGAUGCGGCACUUGAGGCAGAUUUACGAGAUGCUCACAUCCAGGAGAGCAAUGACUGGUACCCGUUCCGAAAGAAAGAGGCAAGUCUGCAAACUCAAAUUGGGUCUGACAAGAUGUCAAUACUCUUACUGACUCCAGUUCCUAUCUCAGCAUGUCGUUGCAUUGUUGAUUGUCGGAUCCACAAGAAACAUCCUAUCAAGAUCACAAUACCACCGAAUUCGCUCUAUUUUGCGAAUUUGUGA